ACCAGUACAGACGGCAGCCAUGGCAAAGCCCAUCCUCCUCGCUGGUCUGGCCCUGGUGCUGCUUACUCAGCUGGGCUCUGCCUACCAUCUGACAUGCUACUUCACCAACUGCCAGUACAGGCUAGGCCUGGGGAGCUUCAAGCCAGAUAACAUCGACCCCUGCCUCUGUACUCACUUGAUCUAUGCUUUUGCUGGAAUGAGUAACAAUGAGAUCACCACAACUGAAUGGAAUGAUGUGACCCUCUACAAAUCCUUCAAUGGUUUGAAAAACAUGAACAGUGAACUGAAAACUCUCCUGGCCAUUGGAGGCUGGAACUUUGGAACUGUCCCAUUCACCAUCAGGGUUUCCACCACUGAGAACCACCAGACCUUCAUCAAAUCAGUCAUCAGAUUCCUGUGCCAGUAUGAGUUUGAUAGGCUGGAUUUUGACUGGGAGUACCCUGGCUCUCGUGGCAGCCCUUCUCAGGACAAGAACCUCUUCACCGUCUUGGUCAAGGAAAUGUGUGAAGCCUUUGAGCAGGAAGCCAAGCAGAUCAACAAACCCCGGCUGAUGGUCACUGCUGCCGUGGCUGCUGGCAUCUCCAACAUUGAGUCCAGCUACGACAUCCCCCAGCUCUCUCAGUACCUGGACUUCUUCCACGUCAUGACCUAUAACUUCCAUGGCUCGUGGGAGGGCUACACUGGAGAGAAUAGCCCCCUGUACAAAACCCCCAGUGACACUGGCAGCAAUGCCUACCGCAAUGUGGAUUCUGUUAUGAACUAUUGGAAAAACAGUGGCGCCCCAGCUGAGAAGCUCAUUAUUGGAUUCCCAUCUUGCAGACACACCUUCAUCUUGAGAAAUCCUUCUGAAACUGGCAUUGGUGCCCCUGUUUCUGGCCCUGGCCCUGCUGGUACCUACACCAGGCAGUCUGGCUUCUGGGCUUACUAUGAGAUUUGCCCUUUCCUGAACAAUGGUGCUACUCAGGUGUGGAAAGCUUCUAAGGACAUUCCCUAUGCUUACAAAGGCAGUGAUUGGGUUGGUUAUGACAACCCCAAGAGCUUCCAAAUUAAGGCUGAGUGGCUGAAGAAGAAUAACUUUGCAGGUGCCAUGGUCUGGGCCAUUGAUCUGGAUGACUUCACUGGGACUUUCCGUAACCAGGGAAAAUUCCCCCUGAUCAACACCUUGAAGAAAGCCCCAGGUCUGGAAAGCGCAACAGUGUCCGGCUCUCGGUGGUGA